AUGUCAUAUCGUGGUCCAAAUCAGUUCCAAAAUCAAUUCAAUGCUCCGCCUCCGCAUCAACAGCAGCCACCACAAAACUUUGGUGUUCCUCCAAGACAACCACACACCAUUGGCCCAAUAACUAGCUCCAAAUCGCCUUUCGAACAAUUUGAACUCUAUACAAGAAAAAUUGAGGACUUCAUUGACGAUAAAUUCAAACCGUUGAAACCGUAUGUUCCUGCAAUUGGAAGAGCAUUUUUGGUGGCUACUUUCUACGAAGACACAUUAAGAAUCUUUACUCAGUGGAAUGAGCAAGUUUACUACUUGCACAACUACAGACACUACUGGAGAUGGUUUACGGUGGUGUUUUUGAUUCAAAACAUGUUGAUUAUGUCCAUCACUUCAACAAUGUUGAUUGCUAGGAAAAAGGUCAAUAUUGCUACAAUUGCCUUGAUUUUGGUUGUUAUUGGUCAAGGUAUUGUUUAUGGCUUAAUGUUUGACUCUCAAUUUAUUUUGAGAAACUUGUCAGUUGUUGGUGGAUUAGUAUUGGCAUUUUCAGAUUCCAUUGUCAGAGAUAAACGAUCAUUGAACAUGCCAGGGUUACCAAUGUUGAACAAUCAAGACAACAAAAAGUAUUUCUUGUUAGCAGGAAGAAUCUUGCUUGUUCUUUUGUUCUUGGGGUUUGUCUUUUCAUCUGAAUGGUCCUUGGGUAGAGUUUUGAUUAUCAUUGUUGGAAUUGCAUCUUGUGCUUCAAUAAUUGUUGGAUACAAGACUAAAUUUGCCGCAGCAGUGAUGUUGUCGUUGUUGUUUGUUUACAAUGUUGUUACAAACCAUUUCUGGAGCUAUGGAGGUCGUGAUGCAAGAAGAGAUUUCUUGAGGUACGAAUUCUUCCAAGUCUUGUCUAUUGUGGGUGGAUUGUUGUUGGUUGUUAACGCUGGUGCCGGUGAGUUUUCCAUUGAUGAAAAGAAAAAGAUCUACUAG